AGCACACCCUAGGGUGUUCCCAUCCUGCACUAUGAAGAGGGGACAACGGCUGUUGUCUCACGAGUUUUUAUUUUUACCUUAUAUGGUUUUCAUAGUUAGAUGUCAAUUAUCAAGAUUAACGUACACAAACUAUACUGUCUAACUUCCAAAUUAAAAGCUUGGCAGCAAAUAUUUUUAAUACGCCUAGAUUUGGUAUCAUCCGAUGAUACCAUUGUGAUAGACUACUCAACAGGCUCUAUGAAGCGCCAAGUCUCCAGACUCUGUAUUCUCAGACUUGCCACUUUUUAAAUUGCUUUUACGACUUAAAAUGCCUGGUUAGGUUUUGUAAAAAUUUAACUAUCUUAUUUUUUCUCCUCAGAAUCGUCAUUAUAUAUAAAAUGGGACAUCAUUUUAGGUGAAUAAUUUUCACGCACACCCCCCUCUUACCACAAUGGUUUCACCCAUCAUGGACGCCAUUCAGUGAAGUAAAAUCACUGUCAGGUCUUUGCUGCAAUACAUCAUGAGUGAGCUGAAGGACUGCCCCCCACUGAAAUACUACGACUUUAAGCCCGUGGAGCAUGUCAAGGUAUGCCCCCGCUACACUGCUGUGCUGGGCCGCUCAGAGGAUGAUGGCAUCGGCAUCGAAGAGCUGGAUACCCUGCAGCUGGAGCUGGAGACACUGUUGUCGUCAGCUACCCGCCGCCUCCGAGCACUGGAAGAGCAGAGACAGAUCCUUACAGACUGGCAAGAUAAGAAGGGAGAUAAACGCUUUCUGAAGCUGGGAAAAGACCCAGACCCCGCUGCCUCAUCUCGCCACAAACCAAAGAAGCAGAAAUUGGACGGUAAAGGGGGUCAUGGGCCAGGCCAAGGUCCCGGCAGACCCAAAACCAAAAACCUGCAGCCAAAAGUACAAGAGUAUGAAUUUACAGAUGACCCUCAAGACAUUCCCCGCAACCCUAAAAAUGAUGCUCCCAACAGAUUCUGGGCCUCAGUGGAGCCAUACUGUGCAGAUAUUACAAAUGAAGAAGUACGAUUGUUGGAGGAGCUUCUUAAACCACCAGAGGAUGAAGCAGACUACUUCAAGAUUCCAGCAUUGGGAAAACACUACUCUCAGCGGUGGGCUCAGGAGGAUCUGCUGGAGGAGCAGAGGGAAGGAGCACGAGCCAACGACAAAAAGAAAAGCAUCAUGGGAGGGCCGCUUUCUGAAUUGGACGCAAAAGAUGUGGACUCGCUGCUGAAAAAGUCAGAAUCCCAACACGAAUCUCCAGAAGACGGUUGUCCCUUUGGUCCUCUCACACAGCGUCUGCUGCAGGCCCUUGUAGAGGAGAACAUUAUAUCCCCCAUGGAGGAUUCCCCUAUACCGGACAUUUCAGGAAAGGAUGCUAACGAUGGUGCUGGGACUUCACCCCGAAGCCAAGGAAAAGCUUUUAGCGUUCCUCAUACGCGCUCCCUGGAGGCUCGAAUCAAAGAGGAGCUGGUAGCCCAGGGGUUGCUGGACUCCGAGGAGCGACCUGGCCAGGGAGGAGACUCUGAGGAUGAGGUCCUUGCAGAGCUGCUGAAGAGACAAGCAGAACUCAAAGCCCUGACCGCUCACAACCGAGCCAGAAAGCAGGAGCUGCUACGGUUGGCAAAAGAGGAGAUGCGCAAACAGGAGUUAAGGCAGAGAGUCAGGGUGUCUGACAAUGAGGUGAUGGAGGCGUUCCGGCGAAUCAUGGCAGCCAGGCAGAAGAAACGUACCCCAACUAAGAAGGAGAAAGAUCAGGCCUGGAAAGCACUGAAGGAGAGGGAAAGCAUUCUCAAAUUACUGGAUGGAUAGAGGAAACCACAGUUUCUGUGGUGAAAAAAAUAUUGGAAGAAACCUCUUCAACCUAACACACAGCUCGAACAGCUGUCAGUUGCAUCAAAGGCCUCUUUCAGGCUUCUCUCUCCGUUGACCUGCCGGCAUCUGGACACGCCGGCUUCAUGAUAGAACACAGACCAUGCUGACUUUUGGGAAUUGGAAAUGGUCAAAAUGGCUUUAUUCUUACUGUAAAUAGAAAUGAAUAUAACUUGUUAUUGCAUGGUAUUUUCUAGUGGGUUGGGCUGAGCAACUCGCAAAUAUGCACUGUGCACAUGCAGUCAUGUUAACUCUGCAGCAAACAGUCUCACUUGUGUCGCUCAGCCUGAUCUAGUGGCAUUACUGUUGCAAUGCAGGCUCCUCACUGAUGUA